AGAAUGGUCAUCCGUUUUACCUAUGCUAUUAAGCUAAGUAUUUAGCCCUCUUUGUAAUUUAUUUCUACAAGAUCUGCAAGUAAAAUGGAGGUAGACGAGCCAGGAACGUCAGAAGCCACAGAGCUAAGUGUAAUGGCAAGUACUGGUACAGCCGGAAGUGUCACAGUAUCAUUACACCCGCUCGUAAUCAUGAAUGUCUCUGAACACUGGACCCGCAUCAGGGCACAGCACGGCAAACCAAUGCAAGUUCUUGGAGCAUUGAUUGGAAAACAGAAGGGGAGACACAUGGAAGUUUUCAACUCCUUUGAGCUUAUGUUUGAUAUCGUAGAAGAAAACAUUGUAAUAGACAGAGAAUAUUAUAAUACAAAAGAAGAGCAGUUUAAACAGGUGUUCAGUGACAUGGACUUCCUUGGUUGGUACACAACAGGUGGCGGCGCUGAUGCUUCAGAUAUCAUGGUGCAUAAGCAAGUGUGCGAGAUAAAUGAGAGUCCUAUAUUCUUGAAGCUCAGUCCUCUGAGUAGGCAUGCAGAUUUGCCAGUAAAGAUCUAUGAAUCUGUGAUAGAUAUAGUUAGCGGUGAAGCGACGAUGCUUUUCGUUGAGAUUCCUUACACGCUGGCGACAGAGGAUGCCGAGAGGAUUGGGGUCGAUCAUGUAGCUCGCAUGUCCAGUGACAGUGGCGUCAACUCUUCAGUUGCAGAUCACCUCAUAGCACAGCAUAAUGCCAUAAAGAUGCUGCAUCAUAGGGUCAAGCUCAUCCUCGAAUAUGUUAAAGCAGUUCAGUCAGGAGAGCUGCCUCAGAAUCAUGAGAUACUAAGAGAUAUAUAUAGUCUUGGCAAUCGGCUGCCAGUUGUCAGCAACGAGACGUUUAAAUCAGAUUUCUUCAAUCAAUGCAAUGAUGUGGCUCUCAUCUCGUACCUUGGAACCAUCACAAAAGGCUGCAACACGCUCAAUCAGUUCAUCAUCAAGUUCAACGUGUUGUAUGACCGUCACGGAAUGGGCCGUCGACCACGUGGCCUCAUCUUUUAACUGACAGCACAAGCCUGGCUUAAUCACAUUAACCCCACCCCCACCCCACCGACCACAUAAACCGCCACCACCCACAUGAAACCCUCUGUCCCAUGCAAUAUGUGCUCGCAUUGACUUCAGAAUAGCCGUCUGCCAAUUGGAAAGUCUUAUUGUUUAUUACAAAUUUGCUGUACAUUUCACUGCGUUUCUAAAGUGUGUUUCUUUUUUUUUGACAUAACCUUUUCUGUCCACGUUGGGAAAUAGUUUCAAGUUAAAGUGCGACUUAAACAUACAGCUGUGUUCAGUUAGCUAUUCGUGUUGGUGCAUAUCUUUGGAGAUGCUUGAAUUUGCUUGUGUUGUUAACAAACAGUGAGAGGCCGGCAUUUUGCACGCUCGUACAUUGACGUGACCAGGAUUCUUAUCUGCAUCAGUUUUUAUUUUCUGCAAGGAAACCCCAGUAUCAUUUUUACUUGAUAUAGUGUGUGGUGUUUAAUGUGCAACUUAUGGGUGAACCUGAGUAUAUUACUGUAUAGGUGUGUGAAUUAUUACGCAUAUAUGAUGCGAGUAAAAAUAAAAACAUUUGCAGUAAAAUACGUGAGUCGCAGACAAACCUGGCCCCAGUACCAAAUGUCUCAUCAGGCUCAUAUCGGGUGCAUGUUGGAAUCAUACCAGGUAUAUAUUGGAGCCAUACCAAGUAUAUAUUUGAGUCAUACCAAGUAUAUAUUGGAGUGAUACCAGGUACAAAUUGGGCUCUUAGUAGAUAUGUAUCGGGGGUCAUACUAGGUAGACAUUAGAUGGUGGUGGUGAUGGGGUGAUUCGAACAAUGUUAUGGUUGAGCAGUUCGAUUCGAACUGAUGUUAUGUAUAGUCGGGGUAAUGCACGAAGACAGACUGUUUGAUGAGCGUAUAGCACUUGGUACAUCAUAUAUUGGGUGGUUUAUGCUGCUUUACCGUUUCGUACCUGCUGCUAGUGUAAAUAAUGUGAGUAAGCGCAUGUACAUUAAAUAAAGCUACGUCAUGUCAAUACGUGUACACUGACUAUUAUAAUAAAUACAUUAAUUGCA